AUGAAUGAUACACACAGCCUACAGUCUCGUGUCAACACCAAUUAUCUCCCCCUUGUCGAGACGGAUAUCGAAAAAAGUGGUGACCCCUCUCCUACCUGUCUACGCUUUCUUGAUGGCCGCGAUUUCAACGUCAACUCCCGUCGACCUCAAUACCAAGAAGUCGAUGGUACCGUUUCCCAAAUGACUUCCUACGCCCCUCUACAAUCCGACAUCGCAACCGCUGUCUCGCUGGCAGCUACGGUGACACGUGUUGCCGCCAUGGAACGUGGGGGUAUUUCGCCGAAAGGUCUAUCUCAGGCCAUCUCAAGUUGGCCGCCUUCGCCUCGCCACUUUACUCGAAAAAGCGACGUGGUCGUCAUAUACCUCACCCUUUUUGCCACAUUUUCCAUCGACUACUUCUCCGCAGCUUUAACUGGUUCGAUUGUUUGGGAAACAGGGGAUAGGUUGAUACCUGGGACGGUUCCUCUCACUAAUAUCACGAGAGGAAUCGGUGGAAAGGACAUAUCAGGGUAUUUCUUAUACACCUUCAGCCAGGAUUGGGUCAUGGCAGCAGGUACUGCUUCUGCCAACGUUGCCUGGGGAGCACUCCAAUCAAACACAAACUCGGAUAUGACAGAGCCCGCCACGCGUUACCGGCGUGUAAUGAAAGGAGCGCAAUACCUCUCUACUAAUUCUACCUUGGCCAAUGUCACAAUGCCGUACUUUGCCCUGGACGCUUUCGAGUGGGUUCCGGAGCCUCUCAAGGUCUUGACGAAACAGCAGAUGCUCCUGUUCAGUGAUUACAAUCAAUCCAGUCCAUAUUUCUCAUUUCUGGGAAUUGGUGGGCCGUUACCUGAUCGCGCGCCGUGGGGACCACCACAUACACCAGUCCUGGGAGAACCUCACACCGUAUCAGAAACACGACUUCUCUCUUUCCGGAAUUAUACGAUCGAUCCUGGGUCGCAAGUCAAGUUACUCAGCGUGUCGUUCCGUGCGCUUGAUAAUUACACGGACUGUUUCGCGAUUGCAAAUAUAACAUAUCGCGCAGGUGCGACCAUGUGCCAUAACUGUAAACUCAUUUCCCCGACUGUCCUGGAAGCGCAGCCCCCCUUUUCACUCAUUGGGGAUUCCUUGACUUCGAUGGCACUGGGAUUGGCACCAGCGCUUGGGACCAAUCUCUUCUUUUCUAAUUACUCUAUUCCGUUGAACUACGGGACGCGCAAAAACCUGGCCAUUGAAAUGACUUCGCGGGGGUACCAAGCCGCCUGGGCAGCAUUUGCAGACGUGUAUGCACCGGAGUGGGAUAAUACGACUGUUAAGAUCGCCUUGCCCACAUUGCGCGCCACGAUUAUUCGUUGGAGAGUAGACCUCUGGGUGUUGCUGCACCUUUACACAAGGGCAGUUUUUACCAAGUCAGAUGGUCGCCUCGUCUCGGACCCAUGGCAGCCCGGAACAGAGAUUCGCGACGAUGGAAUGCUUAUACUGGAGCUUGACGAAGCUGGUCAACGCUCUGUGCAGGUUAAGAGGGAAAGUGGUUUAUUACGGCACAAAUUUGAUUCGCUACCUGUGCAGCAUAGGACGCCAUGGACCCCUUGA